AUGACCAAAAAUUCUACCACUUAUUCGCUGCGUUCCGUUCGCAAAUUUAGCAGCUCUUACCAUUCCGCCGGCCUAUCAGACGACUGCAGCCACGCGCUCUUUUACAACGAUAGCGAAGUUUCGGUCUAUCGGUUAGGAGAUAUACGGACUAAGGACACGUCGCCGAGCUUCUCCAGGAUCUUCAACCAGCAAUACAAGCACGGGGAGUUCAUUCGAAAUGUCGCCCCAUCCCGGGCAUUCAUUGUCAUAGUUACGAAUAAACGCCUACUUGUUUUCAAAUUUGACGCAGAUACACUGAUUGGUACUGUUUCGCAUGGGGACUGGGACCCCAGCGGACUUGCGUGUCACGAGAGCAAGACUCAUCUGGUGGUUUUUCUUGGUCAAUGUCAGAGAAAUAAGACCAAGAAGUACGACGGCCAGAUUAGAGUCUCCAGGUACAGAAUAGACGGUCAAGCUACAAAUAUGCCCGUCUUUGCUCUGAACAUGCCAGCGAACGACUGCCCCAAGAGAAUCACCUUCGAUACAGAAUCGCAGAUCCUUACUUGUAUCACGAGGAUCCAGAACAAGCUCUCUAUAUGGAAGUUGGAUAAUGAGUUCUUUUCAUCAGUAGAGCCAUUUGAGUUCCUGAAAAACAAAUACACAGCGGAGACGAGGGAAACGGGGGUAACUUCCGCUACGGUCUAUCAGUCACCGUCGAAACGACUUUACGUCCUAUGCACGACGGCACCAUCAACAGAACGCUGGCACCAUGAAGGUGAAUGGUCGUUUAUCCUGCUCAUUCCUCCGAAUACGUCCCGACCACAUAUACAUCUCGACAGCAAAGUCCACACUUUCGAGCAGUUAAAAAGCCAUCGCCCUUUGUUUGCAGGCCGUCCAUCAAGUCAACACCACAUCUUCGCGGUCCUGGAGGACUCAGGCAGACUAUCUGUCCUCCGGCUCAACAGACAUGACGACGGUGGCAUUCAUAGCCCGGAUGGGGAUGCUGAAAUCUUGGCGCAUUCUCUCUGCAAGCAGGACAGGCCCUUGACUGAUUGCCUACGCUUUGACCCAUCUGGCUCAUUUUUGUUCGCAGUGGAUCCGAAGGGCAAGAUUGUUGUCACGGAAUUCGAGAAGGAAUGA